UUGUACAAGGCAGUGUUUGGGGCUGAACUUUGGAGAUAUGCCCUUGAGUACGGGAACAGAAUAGGCUGAAAGCUCGAUCACAAUUUACUCUGAGCUACGGGCGCAGGAAUUUUAGUGCUGACUUCUUUCUGCAGAAAGGAUUUCAGGACAUCUAUGCAAGAUCUCAGAUUCCUGUUCAUGAACAGCAUUGCUGUAUUUGAUUUGUUGUUGCAUGAACAGAGUUGUGAUACACAAAAAGGAAGUUGGCCACCUUGUGCUGUAGAGAAAUCUCCUCCUUCUCCAUCACUUCAAUGGACUUCUUGAAGAUUUGGAUAGACCUUUCAGCUAAUCCAUUCAUUGCUGGGUGGUGAGGAGCUGACUUGAAAUAUCUGAUGCCAUUUUCCUUCCUGAACAGUCGGAACUCUUCAGACGUGUAUUGUGUCCGUUGUCAAUCACAAUUUGUUCAGGAAACGUGUGCGACUUUCAGUGGCCCACCUUCGAAGGCAAGCGCUCGCCGUCCCCUUUACUGACCAGUCCGGGGCUGCACCAUGGCGCUCGGUGUGCACCUCCUGUCUUGUAUAUUCGGCACGGGUGCGUGGAUCGCCAUCAACGGGCUCUGGGUGGAGCUGCCGCUCAUCGUGAAUGUACUUCCCGAGGGCUGGGACCUCCCCUCGUACAUCACUGUCAUCAUCCAGCUGGCCAAUGUGGGGCCUCUGUCAGUCACUCUCAUGCACAAGUUUGCACCAGGGAAGAUGAAGGAGAUUAUCACCAUCUAUGUCAUCAUCAGCAUUGGGAUAAUGGCUAGCUUGUUGCUGGUGUUCUUUUGGAAAGAAACCACACUCCUGGCAGGCAGGUUGCACAGCACAGCGUUUCUGAUCCUGACAUUUUUCUUAUCAUUGGUGGACUGCACCUCUUCUGUGACAUUCCUCCCAUUCAUGAUGAGGCUCCAGACCAAGUACACCACCAGCUACUUCAUCGGAGAAGGGCUGAGCGGCUUCCUCCCGGGUCUAGUGGCCAUCGGCCAAGGUGCAGGGAUGAUCAUGUGUGUGAAUGUCUCGACACCAGCCAAUGUGACCAUGGCGAACCUCACUGAUGGGGCAAGUCUCCACCAGAUUGAAGCCCGCUACUUGCCUGCCAAGUUCUCCAUUGAAGCCUUCCUGGUUUUCCUCACGGUCAUGAUGGUCUUCUGCUUGGUGGCUUUUGCUCUCCUCACUCGAGUCGCCUGCUUACCAAACAAGAAUCCCAGCGAAGAAGGAGUCUCCAAUCAAGUAGUUUGUGUCUCCAUCACUGAAUCAGAACUGAGCAAAUACAUCUCCAAGAGACCAGCAGACGUCCAAAACCCUGGUAUGAACAACCUGCAGAAGCAGACGGCCAAUUCUGUGCUUGCAGCUGAUGCACAGAAUCUGACAAUCAGAGUGCUGGCGGGGUAUUCCAAGCAUCAGUUCCUCUUCCUUUACCUUCUGAUGGUCUGGGUGAAUUCACUGACUAAUGGCUUCCUACCACCAGUGCAGAGUUAUUCAUGUUUGCCUUAUGGAAACACUGCCUACCAUCUUUCUGCUGUCUUGAGUUCCUUUGCUAACCCUGGCGCUUGUAUAAUUGCUUUAUUCCUGCCCAACAGGUCCUUAGUGCUGCUGGGAUCCCUGUCUCUGCUUGGGACGAUGUUCGGUGCCUAUAACAUGGCCAUAGCUGCCCUGAGUCCCUGCCCCUUGCUGCUGCAUUCUUGGACUGGCUCUGCCCUGAUUGUCCUAUCGUGGAUUUUAUUUACCGGGACCUUGUCUUAUGUCAAGGUGAUGAUUGGAAUCAUUUUCCGUGAUGAGAGCCACAGCGCCCUGGUGUGGUGUGGAGCAGCAGUGCAGCUCGGUUCCAUGAUUGGAGCACUGACUAUGUUUCCGCUUGUAAACGUGCUUAAGAUUUUCAAAACUGGGGACAGCUGCAGUGCAAACUGCUCCCUCUAACCAAAAAGCAACGAAGGCGACUCCAGUGGUGAAGAAAGAGAGGGGAAGGAGUCUUGCUGUUCAAAACUUGAAUGGAUUUAGACAAUAGACAAUAGGUGCAGGAGUAGGCCAUUCAGCCCUUCGAGCCAGCACCACCAUUCACUGUGAUCAUGGCUGAUCAUCCACAGUCAGUAUCCAGUUCCUGCCUUAUCCCCAUAACCUUUGAUUCCGCUAUCUUUAAGAGCUCUAUCCAUCUCUUUCUUGAAAGCAUCCAGAGACUUGCCCUCCACAGCCUUCUGGGGCAGAGCAUUCCAUAUAUCCACCACUCUCUGGGUGAAAAAGUUUUUCCUCAACUCUGUUCUAAAUGGCCUACCCCUAAUUCUUAAACUGUGGCAAUGGACUUACUCUUUCCAAGUCAUUGAAUAAUUUACAACUCGGUCUCACAUGUACCUCCUCCAGACCUGUCUAUUGUCCUUUCACCUGUCAGAUUCCAACUUAAAGGCUAAUUUUACUUUAGAAUAAAAUGCUGGAAACACUCAGAAGGCCAGGCAGUUUCUGUGAGGAGAGAAACAUAGUUAACAUUUCAGAUUGGUGACCUUUCGUUAGAAUGGAGAAGAGGUUAGGAAUGUAAGAGCAAAUGAAGCACAUAGUGAGAGGUCUGUGCUUGGUUGGACAUCAAGAGGGUGAUGGGUGACAAAGUGGUGGUGGUGCUGGCUGACAGGGAGGUGAAGGCUAGUCUUGUAUUAUAGAAAGCAGAUGACAUGCUUGCCUUCAUUAGUCAAGGCAUUGCAUUAAAGAGUCAAGAAGUUAUGCUGCAGCUUUAUAAAUCUCUGCUUCAAUCACACCAGGAGUAUUCCAUUUAGUUCUUCUUGUUCCAUUAGAAUCAGAAUCAGGUUUGAUAUCACUGGCAUAUGUUUUGAAAAAUAUAUAUAAAAAAUAAAUAAGUAGUAAAAAAAAGAGAGGGAAAAAUACAGAGGAAGUGUUCAUGGGUUUGCUGUCCAUUCAGAAAUCUAUUGGUGGAAGGGACAGAGCUGUUCCUGAACUGUUGAGAGUGUCUCUUCAGGCUCCUGUACCUCCUCCUUGAUGGUAGCAAUGUGAAGAGGGCAUGACCUGGGUGAUGGGGGUCCUUAUUGAUGGAUGCCGUCUUUCUGAGACAUCUCCUUUUAUAGAUGCCUUGGAUAAUGGGGAGACUAGUGCCCAUGAUGGAGCUGGCUGAGUUUACAACUUCCUGCAGCUUUUUCUGAUCCUAUGGCGUGGCCCCUCCAUACCAGAUGGUGAUGCAACCAGUUAGAAUGCUCUCCACGGUACAUCUGUAGGCAUUUGUGAGAGUCUUUGGUGACAUACCAAAUCUCCUCAAACUCCUCAUGAAAUAUAGCUGCUGUUGUGCUUCCUUCGUAAUUGCAUCAAUAUGUUGGGUGCAGAAUAGAUCCUCAUAGCUGUUGUCACCCAGAACGUGAAACUGCUCACCUUUCCACUUCUGAUCCCUCAAUGAGGACUGGUGUGUGUUCCCUUGACUUCCUCAUUCUGAAAUCCAUAAUUGGCUCCUUGGUCUUACUGACCGUGAGUGCCAGGUUGUUGCUGCAACACCACUGAAUCAGCAGAUCUAUCUCGCUCCUGUACACCCCCUUGCUACCAUCUGAAAUUCUGCCAACAAUAGAUGGUGUUUGAGCUGUGCCUGGCAACAUAGUCAUGGCCACACCUUACAGGAAGGAUGUGGAGGCUUUGGUGAGGGUGCGGAAGAGGUUUACCAAGAUGCUGCUUGGACUAGAAGGCAUGAGCUAUCAGGAGAAACUGGACAAACUUGUGUUGUUUUCCCUGGAGUGUCAGAGGCUGAGGGGAGAGUUGAGAGAUGUUUAUAAAACUAUGAGAGAUACAGAUAGAGUAAACAGCCAGCAUCUUUUUCCAGGGUCAAAAUGUCUAAUAAAAGAAGAACUGCAUUUAAGAUAAAGGGGGAAAGUUCAAAGGAGAUGUGCAGGCCAGAUUAUUUUACAGUGAAUGCUUGGAAUGCACAGCAAGGGGAGGUACUGGUGGAAAAUAUGAAACAGGUAUCUAAGAAGCUGUUAGGUAGACACGUGAAUGUACAGAGAAUGGAGAGGUAUGUACGUUGUAUAGGCAGAAGGAAUUAGUCUUCUCCACCACCCUGUCUAUCAGAAACUCCACCUUCAGCAAACCAUGUUCUUCUACUCCAAGGUCGCUCUGUUCUACAAUAUUCCUCGGGGCCCUGUCAUUUACUGUGAAAGUCUCACCUGGAUUCAACCUUCCAAGAUGAAAGUCCAAGGCCCUCUCUUGUUUGUGGUUGACCAUGGGUGUUGUGCUCUGGCUGCCUACAUGAUACGCAAGCCAGUUCACAAGCCACGGCGGUACGAUAUGGAGAGCAAGCUGUUACCCACGCAGCAGGCUCCCCCUCUCCACACAGCCGGUGAAUCCAAAGGAACGGCAGGGACCGAUAUAGCUUGGCCCCAGCGGAAUCGCAGCAGAUGCCAGUCAGUGUUGGACUCAAUGUAAGACUGCCUUGGGAACUCCAGCUCUGUAUUUUUCCUGGGGGUUUACUCCCAAAGCCUUCCCCAUGGGUGGGUAUUGCCACAAGGCAGCAGAGGUUAGAGUUUUCCUUCUCCUAGAUGAGCUGCCAGCCAUGCCUGACAAGCCCCAUCUGCCCGAUUCCAAAAUGCAAAACCUAUUGAUUUUGAUGGAGAUGCCAGAAUAACCCAGAGUAUCACAGAGUUCUUAGUUUUUCUGAAAGGAGCGGGGAAGGGAGGAUGUCACUUAGGACUUGUCGGGAAUUGUGCAAGAGGAUCCUUUGUAGUCCAGUGGAGUGGGAAGGCAAGGUCAGGGAAAACACUGUGCUUUUUCUGUGUGGGAGGAGAGGUACCAUAAUACUAUAAAAUAUAGGAGCAGAAUUAGGCCAUUUGGCCCAUUGAGUCUGCUCGACCAUUCAAUCAUGACUGAUUCCUCAGUCCCUCUCUCCAGCCUUCUUCUCAUAACCUCUGAGGCCAUGGCCAAUCAAAAGCCUAUCAAUCUCCACCUUAAAUACACCCAAUGACCUGGCCUCCACAGCUGCCUAUGGUAACAAAUUCCACAAAUUCACCACCCUUUGGCUAAAGAAAUUUCUCCACAUUUCUGUUUUAAAUGGACGCCCCUCUAUCCUGAGGCUGUGCCCUCUUGUCCUAGACUCUUCCACCAUGGGAAACAUCCUUUCCACAUCUACUCUGUCCAGGCCUUUUAAUAUUCAAAAAAUUUCAAUGAGAUCCCCCCUCAUCCUUCUGAAUUCCAGCGAGUACAGACCCAAAGCCAUCAAACGUUCUUCGUAUGAUAACCCUUUCGUUCCUGGAAUCAUCCUUGUGAACCUCCUUGAACCCUCUCCAAUACCAGCACAUUCUUUUUUAGAUGAAGAGCCCAAAACUGUUCUCAAUACUCAAAGUGAGGCCUCACCAGUGCCUAAUAAAGCCACAGCAUUACAUCCCUGCUCUUGUAUUCCAGACCUCUUGAAAUGAGUGUUAACAUUGCAUUUGCCUUCCUCACCACCAAAUCAACCUGCAAGUUAACCUUUAGGGUGUACUGCACAAGGACACCCAAGUCCCUUUGCAUCUCAGAUUUUUGGAUUUUCUCUAUGUUUAGAACAUAGUCUGCACAUUUAGGGUGAGAGAGAUGACUGGGAAAUGGACCAUACAUGUCAUUGGUCAAUUAUUAUUGUUACAUAUAUUGCGAUACACUGAAAAAUCUUACUUUGCAUGCCUUCCAUACAGGUCAUUCCAAAACGCUCGUGGCACAGCAGCAUGGCAGUUAGCGUAAUGUUACUACAGCACUAGCAAUCACUGAUCGAGGUUCAAUUCCCACCAUGUUCCCACCAUGAUCACAUGGCUUUCCUCUGGGUGCCCUGGUUUCCUUCCACAUUCCAAAGACCUUCAAUACAUGACCUCUGAUAUUAGACAUUUCAACCCUGGGACAAGAAAUACUGUCUGUCUACUCUGUCAAUGCCAGAGCUUAGCAAGAGGGUACAGUCCAGCUCAGAAAUGAGUAAACUUCAUGGAGCAGCGAGCUGAACCAGCUCUUCUUAAACAGUUAUCCUUCAGUCAUUUCCUCCUUAUCCUCAUGCUAACCUCAGGCAUAGAUAGAGUAGACCGACAGUAUCUUCUUCCCGGGGUUGAAAUUUCUAAUAACAGAGGGCAUGUAUUGAAGGUGAGAGGAGAUCAGUUCAAAGGAGAUAAUGAGAGCAAGUUUUUUUACACAGGGAUUGUUGUGUGCUUGGAAAGCACUGGCUGGGGUGGUGGGGAGGCAGAAAAAUUAGGAACUUUUAAGAAACAUUUAGAUAAACGCAUGAAUGUGAGGAAAAUGGAAGGGUAUGAAUAUUCUUCAGGCAGAAGGAAUUAGUUUGGUUGAUCACUUGAUUACUAAUUUAUUUGGUUCCGGGCAUCAUGGUGGACUGAAAGGGCCGUUGCAAUGCUGAACUGAUCUAUGUUCUAUAAGAUAUAGGAGCAGAGGCUCAUCAUCUUCUCCGCCAUUUCAUCAUGGUUGAUCCAUUCUCCCUCCCAGCCCCAAUCUCCUGCCUUCCCCCUGUAUCCCUUCAUGCCCUGAGUACCUGUAAUCAAGAAUCUAUCAACCUUUGCCUUGAACACACCCAGUGACUUGACCUCUACACCUGCCUUUGGCAACGAAUUCCACAGAUUCACCACACUCUGGCUAAAGAAAUUCCUCCUCACCUCUGUUCUAAAAGGACGUCCCUCUAUUCUGAGACUGUGUCCUCUGGUCUUAGACACUACCACCAUAGUAAACUUCCUCUCCACAUCCAUUCUUUUGAGGCCUCUCACCAUCAAUAAGUUUCUAAUCCAUCUUCUUGAUCCCCCUCCCUCCUAUUGCUUUCACUCACUUUAAAAAUGGUUUAAUUUUUUUUUUAACUUCUUCCAGUUUUGAUUAAAGGCCCUGAAUGUUAACUGCAUCACUCUCCGCAAAUACCAUCAGCCCUGAGGAUUUCCAGCAAUUUCCAUUUUUACUCUAUAGUUCCGGCACCUUGUUUUGCAUUUAUUAAUUUUAUUCACUGGGAAGUGAAAGUGGAUUUUAAUCUGCCGCCUUUGAACUAUGGAUUUGCAUUCUGAAAUUGCCCCUUCCUUAAGCGUGAUGCUUACGGGCACUCACUGCUCUCUGAGGUGUUUGCAGAUAAGCAGGCUGUUUCCAAUGGUUGAGUAACCACUACAAAGGAACAGAGACAUAUGAUUUAGGAUAGGGAUCAGCAGCAGAUUACAAGGCGUUGUGUGAUUGUGAAACACUACUUGAGUCGAUGCACUGUACUUUGAUAAUCCUUCUUUGAACCCUUGCGAGUUUUACAAUUUUAAAGGUGCUCUAACAACAGGAUUUUUUUUUAUUGAAUGAAAAAUCAUGUCAAUUGUAAGAAUCGGUUGGAGAGCGUUCUGCUGAAAAGAGAUGGUGGGAGGCAACUAAUAUAGGAUUAAGAUUACUGCUUGGUUGCAUCCUUGUACACUGCUAAAAAUCACAAACGCAUUAAAAAUAAAUUACCCAUAAAAUUGUGUGUUUUUUCUU